AUGGAUAAAAGUUGGAUAUGGUCUAAUAACAAAUUAUCAGAAGAAUAUACCAACGGGGUUAGUACUUUUAUUAACCUCGCACGUAGUCACUUGAAUGAUGAGAAUAAAACUCCUUGUCCUUGUACCGAUUGUGUGAACUUCUACUAUCACGAAUUAGAAACAGUAGAGCGACACUUAUGGGUCAAUGGUUUUUCUAAAUCUUAUACAAACUGGGUAUAUCACGGCGAGGACGAAACUGCUUCAAGCUUCAAUAUUGAUGAUUUAGAGUCAGACAUAAAUGAAGACAACGAAGAUUCUGAGGAGGAGGAUGAUGAAAUGUUUGACGUUAUUGAAGAUUUUACUGGAGGAGUAAAUUUUGAAACUAAUCAAAAUGAUGAAAUUGGAGGGGAGGAAACUUAUUACAAUGAACCUACAAAUUUUAAAGAAUUAUUUGACGAAGUAGAGAAAGAAUUAUAUCCAGGGUGUUCACAAUUUUCUUCUUUAACAUUUUUGGUGAAAAUGAUGCAUAUCAAGGUGCUUAAUAAAAUGAGUGACAAAUGUUUCGAUAUGAUACUUGAAUUACUUUGUCAAGCUUUUCCGACUGAUCAUAAGCUGCCAAAGUCUCAUUACGAAGCUAAGCGAAUGUUACGCACUCUUGGAUUGGGUUAUGAGACAAUUCAUGUAUGUAAAAAUGAUUGUACUCUAUUUUGGAAAGAAUAUAAAGAUGCUACAGAAUGCCCUACUUGUGGAUUUUCAAGGUACAAACAUAAAGGAAAGAAGAAAAAGAAUGUACCGGUGAAAAAAAUGCAUUACUUUCCAAUUACUCCACGUCUACAAAGACUUUUUAUGUCACGACAUACGUCAGAUGAAAUGAGGUGGCACAAAGAAAAGCGUGUAAAUACUGAAGGUGUACUUAGACAUCCUGCAGAUGGAGAAGCUUGGAAAGAAUUCGAUAAACAAUUUCCAGAAUUUGCAAAAGACCCCAGAAAUGUCAGAUUGGGACUUGCAACCGAUGGAUUUAAUCCAUUUGGAAACAUGAGCACAAGCUAUAGCAUAUGGCCUGUUGUAUUAGUGCCUUAUAACAUGCCCCCCUGGAAAUGUAUGAAAGAAAAUAAUUUCAUAAUGGCAUUAUUAACUCCUCGUCCCAACUCUCCAGGUAAAGACAUUGAUGUUUACUUACGACCCCUAAUUGAUGAGCUAAAACAAUUAUGGGAGGAAGGGGUAACAACAUAUGAUGUAUCAAAUAAAAAAGAAUUUAUAAUGCGUGCUGCAAUAUUGUGGACGAUAAAUGAUUUUCCAGCUUAUGGUACAAUAUCUGGAUGGAGCACAAAAGGUUACAAGGCAUGUCCUGUUUGUAAUGUGGAUGCUUUGUCGUUUCCCAUAUUAAGUAAAAUUAGUUAUAUGGGGCAUCGUCGUUUUUUGCCAUUAGAUCAUCCAUGGCGAAAAGAUAAACGCUACGAUGGUAAAAUUGAAAGUCGUCCUCCUCCUAAAAUAUUAUCAGAGGAAGAUAUCUUAAAACAAUUGGAAACAGUUGAUCAGUUCAUUCUAGGAAAAAUACCUAAAGACGAUAAUGUAAAAUUGUUAGAAGAAGUCGUGCAAAGGAGAAAAAGAUUAAAGGUUGAUGUGAAUGGUGGAAAAACCCAAAAGAAUAAACCUAUUUGGAGUCGAAAAUGUAUUUUUUGGGAGUUAGAAUACUGGUCAAAAUUAAAGUUGAGACACAAUUUAGAUGUGAUGCAUAUUGAAAAGAAUAUUUGUGAAAGUAUCUACGGUACAAUGUUAUGCAUAGAUAAGAAGUCAAAGGAUACUGAAAAGGCCAGACUUGACUUACAAAGGAUGAACCUACGCAAAGAAUUACACUUGAAGAAACAAGGAGAUAAAUGGUUUAAACCACAAGCAUGUUACACAUUGCCAUUAGUUGACCGGAGAAAAUUUUGUACGUGGUUAGGGUCGGUCAAAUUUCCAGAUGGGUAUGCCGCAAACAUUUCAAGGAAUGUCAAUAUAAGUGAAGGUAAAAUUAUUGGCUUAAAAAGUCACGAUUGCCAUGUCUUGCUGCAAAGAUUAUUACCAGUUGGGUUGCGACCAUAUGUGAAAAAGGAUGUGAUACUUGCCAUUUCCGAGCUCUCAUUAUUUUUUCGAAAGUUGUGCGCAAAAACAUUAUACGUUGAAGACUUGGAUUCACUAGAGAAAGGAAUUGUAAAGUGCUUAUGUAAACUUGAAUCCAUUUUUCCUCCAGCGUUUUUUGAUGUCAUGAUCCACUUAGCAGUGCACUUACCUUCAGAGGCAAAGUUAGGUGGUCCGGUACAUACAAGAUGGAUGUAUCCUAUUGAAAGGUUCUUAGGUUCUCUAAAAAAUUUAGUUAAGAAUAGAGCACGAUCAGAAGGUUCAAUUGCUGUAGGAUAUGUUGGUAAGGAGGCCUUAACUUUUUGUUCGAUGUAUCUUCACGGGAUUGAAACAAAAUUCAAUCGUCCAGAGCGUAAUUGGGAUCUCAGUGAGAUAAAUGAAAAAUCUAAAUUAUCUCCUCAUCAAAUUACAAAAUCAGUCUUAGCUCUUGCAAGUAUGCCAGAUCAUCGAAUCUUCUCGUAUAAUGGAUGUAUAGUUAAUGGCGUGCGCUAUCAUACUGAAAUUUGGGACGUCGGACGAACCACUCAAAAUUACGGUGUUUGGGUUGAAGGUGAACAUGGUGGCAGUACGUGUGACUUUUAUGGUGUCAUAACAGAUAUUUUAGAAGUAUCAUAUAUAUAUGAUCAUAAAGUGGUACUUUUUCAAUGCGACUGGUAUGAUACUGAUACCAAAAAGAAAAGAACACACCAAGAAUACCAUAUCACAAGUAUAAAUGUCAGCUCAAAAUGGUAUAAGGAAGAACCUUAUAUUCUUGCCGACCAAGCAAAUCAGGUAUUAUAUUUGGAAGAUGAUAAGUUUGGUUCGAAAUGGAGAGUGGUUGAUAAGGUGAAUCAACGCCACUUAUGGGACGUUCCAGAAGUAAUACUUGAAAGUGUAGAUGCAGAAGAAGAUGGUUCCAAUAGUUAUACAGAAGCUUAUCAAGAAGAGAGAUCAAAUGAUAUUGACAUAACAUUUGAUGAGUCAAACGUCGAAAUUCCUCUUAACCAUCCAAAUGCAGAAUUGAUAGAAAUUAACUCAUCACAUAUUAAUUUUGAAAUAAUUAAUUGUGAUCAAAUUUUGAAUGAAAGUAAUGUAAGGGAAAGCAAUGAUGAUAUAUCAGAUUCCGAGACUGAUAUAGGGGAUAUUGAUAAGAAAUUACAACAUUCUGAAUGUUCAUCUACAGAUGAAAGUGAUGACAGUUUAUAA